UAUGUCAAUGUGUUGAGCGAAGUGUGUCAAUGGUAAAUGUCUUGAGAAGACUUUUUCUUGAAACGAUGUCAUGUGUAAUAUUUAUCUCGUAGGUCAUUGGUAUCUUGUCAAUAGCUACGGUUGGCUGUGCUUAUUGUCCAUUAUCGUCACGAGAUCCUUCACAACGUCUACAAGCUCUUGUCAAUCAGACUCAGAGCCGUCUAGUUUUGGUUCAUGGAAUUACAUCAGCUGUUUUUAGCCCCGAUAAUCUAACUCUAAAUAUUGACUGCAUUAUUCGUCUCGAAGAAAGAUUUAGUGAAAUUAAUCUGAAUAAACUGUCAAAUGUUCCUGUAACACCAGAAACUGUUGCCUUUGUAAUUUUUACUAGUGGUUCAACUGGUAUUCCAAAAGCGGUUCAACUGCGCCAUCGAAACUUCAAUAAGUUUAUGCAUUCAUUUGUGAACAUUGAUGUAGUAACAGAGUCUGACAUAAUAAUACAGAUGGCUCGAUGCUCCUUUGACAAUCAUCUGCUAAGCUUAGUCGGUACAUUAGUUAUUGGUAGCACAUUAGUGAUGCUUCGACCGGAAGGCAAUAUGGAUUUAGAAUAUCUUGCCAGAGUUCUCGAUCAAAAGCAAAUAACUGUCAUGCAUGCUGUUCCGUCGCUUCUGAACAGUUUAUUCGAGUUUCUCACAAUAACUGCGCGUACAUCAGCAGUUAAAUGUUUACGAUCUCUGUGCAGCGGCGGCGAAGCUGUUAAUGUUAAGCAAGUUAGUCUAUUUCAAACUUUAGUUGCAGAGCAAUGCCGAGUUCGAAAUCAUUAUGGCCCAGCCGAAAUCACGAUCAAUUGUGCUUGUUAUUUAGUUGACCUGAGCAAAAGCCAAACAAGCAUUUCUAUAGGUCAGCUGUUACCCAACUAUCAAUGUCUGAUUCUGGACGAUUUUUCACAGUUUGCCCGUACUGGCUAUGAAGGACAAUUGUUAGUGAGUGGUGUGGGUAUCUUUGCUGGAUACUUUAAUCGUGAUGACUUGACGGCAGAAGCAAUGAUCAAUAUCAACGAGGAAAUGUACUAUAAAACAGGUGAUCUUGUAAGAAUGGACAGCAACGGUCUUCUUUAUUAUCAAGGAAGAAAAGAUCAUCAAAUCAAACUACAUGGACAAAGAAUUGAACUUGGUGAAAUCGAACGAUGUUUACUUAAAAUUACAUCCAUAUCUGCGUGUGUUGUCAUGAAAUAUAAUGAGGAUCAUCUGGUUGCUUAUGUUCAAUCAUCUCAUAUAAAUGAAGAACAACUUCGUCAACAUUGUCAAUCUCAUCUUCCACCACAUAUGAUUCCAUCUUUCUUUAUCAUACUUGAUAAACUACCUUUGAAUCAAAAUGGAAAAAUAGAUCGAAAUCAACUUCCUGCACCCGACGUUUUUCUGUCGACUUUGUCAUCGUCUGAUAAAUCUGAUACGCCUUUUAAUCAGCUCGAAGAACGUAUACACACUAUUUGGUGUCAAGUUCUUCAUUUUAAUGAAAAUCACAUUGCUGGAACUACAAGUUUUUUCAGUGUUGGUGGUCAUUCGCUUUUAUUUAUUCAACUUUAUCAUCAUUACCAAACAGUAUUUAACUUUGAUGCUCAAACACUUUCGAUUGCACCAUUUCUCCAACAACCAACUAUAUUUCAACAUUCACAAUUACUUCAAACAGUUUUAAUCAGUAAUGUCACGGCAACGCAAUGGUACACGUUAAAUAUAAAUGAAGGUAUUGGCUCGUUUGCUCAAGAACGUAUAUUUCUUGAUGAAAAAGUUCGUUUUUCGAGUGAUAUUGCUAUCUAUAAUGAACUGUCCACUUUACAAGUUGUUCAGGGGUCAGUAUCGUCCGCUCGUUUAUCACAAGCAUUUCGAUAUGUUAUGAGCAAACAUAAAAUAUUACGUACAUCUCUCAUAUUCAACAAUGAUGAUGGUAUUUUGAAACAGUGUGUCACUGAUAUAUAUAAAACAUUCACAAUAACUAUGAAUCAAACAUUUGAAAAUGAAAAUGAACUUCGAGAUGUUAUUUAUCAAACAACUAUUAAUCCUAAUCUCUUCGAUUUAGCAUCUGGUCGUGUUUUUCAUGCUGAAGUUCUGAAACAUCAAAUAUCAUUAAAUGAAAAUGAGAA